AUGGAUAUACUGGAUAUUAUAUCCCGCCGGUCAAAGAGCCAGCGGGAAAAGAUUGAAAGGGAGUGGUUAACGGCAGCAGAGCUGCUCAAGAAAUGUUUGGAUAAAAAGCUGGAGGUUCUCGAUAUAGUUGAAGCUUCUUGCAAGGGUGAUCUUCAAUCUAGGGUUUUGAACAAGGAGAUUGAAUCCUUGAAAGUCUCAUGUCGCGAGACACAAAACAAGCUUCAAAACUACGAAAUCAAGGCUAGCAACGAUUGGUUAGACUACAGAGCGAGAUGUGAAGAACUUCAGAUUUCAUACGCAAGAAAUAUGCAGGAAGUCAGCAUGGAGGAGAGACUCCACUGGCAAAACAAGCCAACAGCGAAGCAGAGAAGCUCUCUUUGGAGUACGCACGACUUUUAGCCUCCGAUACUAAAAUCAUUGAAUGUCGCGAGUGGCUUGAGAAAGAAGAGAAAGAAUUGAUUUUUACAAAAGGCGAAUUCAGACGAUGCAGAACAUGAAGUCAAGAUUCCCGGAAGCGAAGGCCGAGAGAGACUAUGCGUACUCGGAGUUGCGUUCUCUCCUAGAGAACAUCUCCCCAUCACCAGAACCCAGAGAAGCCUCCAAAGCCGUCGAAUUAGCGGAAAAACUCAAGACUGUAGUCGAAGAACUGAAAAUGGCAUUAGAAGCAGAGAAGAGUGGCAGGCCAAACGACCAACAGGAAUACGAAUCGAUGUUGGAAGUAUACAGAAAGCUCCCAGUCUCGCAACACCUUCAAGUAUCCCGAGAACUUCUUUUGGAGUCUGCCCAAGCCCAUCUGUCUACCUCAGAAGACAAGCACUUCAAAAUUACUCAUGAACAACCGCGCUUGGCAAUAUCUCCCCCCUUGCAAAAGCAGGUCCCCGGAAAGAGGACUCACUUGGAUGAUGAAAUUGCCAACCGGGGUAACCCGGAGAUCCUCGAGACGCGCACAAGAAAAAGGCCACCUGUGAGUUACAAAGAAUUUCAUGCCCAAGACGAGCUUUUUUGA